CGUGACACCUCACUCUCUCUGAAACUGAAAACAAGAAGGCAGAGCAGCAAACACAACUCAACCACCGCAACGAAUCGCCUCUUCCCUUAAGCUCACGGCGCGGCAGCGACCGGCGACCGGCAACCUUCGCACCCACGAGAAACGAAUCUCAUAUCCAGUCUCUCUUCCCGCCGCCGCAAGCUCAUCUGAUCUCCUCCCUCGAGUUCACGACGGCGACGGCGAGGCAAGGGCAAGGCGCCUCAUGCAGACGACGUUGGAACUUCUGUCCUACCCUUUGUUACGUUUUCAGUUUUUCUUCCUUUAGAUUCUGGAAAAGUUUUCGAAAUGGCAGCAAUUUACAGUCUUUACAUCAUCAAUAAGUCUGGUGGAUUGAUCUAUUAUAAGGAUUAUGGGUCUGCCGGAAGAAUGGAUACCAAUGACAGCUUGCGGGUGGCAAGUUUAUGGCACUCAAUGCAUGCUAUCUCUCAGCAGUUAUCACCUGUAUUAGGCUGUUUAGGAAUUGAACUUCUCCAAGCAGAUACGUUUGAUCUUCAUUGCUUUCAGUCACUGACAGGAACAAAGUUUUUUGUGGUGUGUGAGCCUGGAGCUCAACACAUGGAAAAUUUACUGAAAUUUGUCUAUGAAUUGUACACGGACUACGUUUUGAAGAAUCCAUUCUAUGAGAUGGAGAUGCCUAUACGUUGUGAACUCUUUGAUAUCAACCUAACACAAGCAGUUCAAAAGGAUCGUGUUGCAUUUUUGGGCCAAUAAAUUUAUAUCUUACCGUUUUCACAUUUUUAUAUUUUGGAUGAGUACAUAAUCUAAAUAUUGUCAUUCAAUUGCUUGUAACGUAUCGUAUUACUGCUAGCCUUUGUUGCUUUUCAGGCACAAAGCAAGAAUAUAAUGUCUGAGGUAAGAUAAGUUUUCUGACAUCCGA